UAUAGCUUACAGAAUUCGUCGAUUCUUUAUCAUUCGUAUUCAUUUCUGGAACAAUGGGAACGUUCGUCAGAGCAUGGACGAUCUUCUUGUUGAUGAAGUUCUCGUACGCUGGAAAAUCUGUAGACGUGCUGACAUCCAGCGGUUUGAACAGCUUGGAAGAGGAAGAGAUCCUUCAAGUUCUGUCGCGAAACAAGGCCACAUCCACGAAGAAUUUCACACUGGUUGAGCUGAUCAGCCACCUGACGAAUCACACGAUUGAAACUACUACAGACACGUGGCGAGACGAAAAAUUACAAGUUCAAUAUACCAAUCCCUUCUACGAUGAAUUUUCCGAGGAAAUCGAUCGAGAAGCGAGAAGAUUGCUGCAGAUUCUUCCAGCUUACGACCCUGGCGUUGGACGAGUAAGCCCAGAAUGCAGGAGGCACGCUGAGAUUUAUCACCAGGAGCUCGCUAAAUUUACUUUAUGGGCCCUUAAACUGUACGACGCGACGGCGAAAAUUCCGUCUGGCCUUCUGAAUGGAAAUGUAAAUCAGUUUGGUGAUUUCGACGAAUGCAUCGGAAUCGAGGGAAGCGAAGGAAUUCAAGGACAGUAUUGCUUGGUGUAUCUUCAAUUGAGUAUCGACGAGUCGCGAUUGGAUUUGAAACAUCUUCAUCGGCUGAUACAUUCUCAUUACGCCUUUAGAAGCAACAUUUCUGAUCCUGGACAUCGAGUACCUCGAUUUACUGUAGCAAAUUGGGCCGUAUGUACACCAGCAUCAUGCAGCUCUAAAGAUGUUGAAACAUCUUUCCGCGACAUCCUCACAAGGUACACUUCACAGACUGGACUUAGGGUUACAGUGAAGGUGAACAAAGAAAUGUGCCAAGUGAAAAGAAACGAAUCUGUUCCAAAGGAAACUAUGUUUGUUAGUUUCUUCUUCAUGGCUAUGUUUGCGUUAACAAUUGUAGCUGCAUAUUGUGAGCAUUAUGAAAUACCUGCUAGUGAGCUACUUUUAUCGUUUUCUUUAAAACGUAACUUCAAAAAGCUGAUAUCGUUGCAACGAAAUCCAAAUGAUAUAGCUACGCUUCACGGUGUGCGAGCUCUAAAUGCUGCAAUGUUGCUUUUAGCUCAUAAAAGCAUAGCUCUCUUUUUUAACCCUUAUGUGAACAGAACAGAAAUGAGUGAGUACCUUGGUAAACCAUGGACAGUUAUAGGAAGAGCUGCUAGUCUUUAUACUGAUCCAUUUAUAAUGCUUUCUGGACUUUUAACAUCGUACUCUUUCAUUGGAAAGCUGAAAAAGACUGGCAAUUUGGACAUCAAAGAUGAAUACUUAUCUCGUUUAAUCAGACUGGUACCACCUUUAGCAGCACUGAUACUGUUUUGUACUUACAUAAUACCGUAUAUUGGUUCUGGACCACAAUGGAACUUGGUGGUAACUGAACAUGCAAAUAUUUGCAAAAGGACAUGGUGGAGAAAUUUUCUAUUCAUUCAUAAUUACUUUGGGUUUGAAUCUAUGUGUCUCACACACACUCAUCACUUAGGUAUUGAUACUCAAUUAUUCAUUUUUUCACCUAUAAUGGUGCUUUUCCUUUACAAGAAACCAAAGACUGGAACUAUUGUUCUUACUAUAUGUGCCUUAUUUUCAACGGCACUUCGAUAUUUUGUAACAUAUUACAAGCAAUUAAAUAAUUAUGUUUUUUUCGGUACAUCAAUAAAACAAUUAUUCGAUACUGCAAAUUUUUCGUAUACCCUACCAUCGCAUAGACUGACAGUUUAUAUAAUAGGAAUUUUUAUGGGAUAUUUGUUGAGAUAUUUACCUAGAGUUUACAAGAUAAACAAAGUAGUUCUAUAUAUAGGUUGGGUCCUCUGUACAAUAAUGUUUUGUUGUGCAUUUUUUGGACCUGCAUAUAUGGGAUCUAUAAAUUAUGUAUAUAAUCCAAUAGAUGCGGCAAUGUAUAAUGCAUUUGCUCCUAUCGGUUGGUGUGCCAUUUUUGCUUGGGUAACUGUGUUACAUCAUACUGGAAAUACAAAUGGCUGGUUCAGUAGAUUUUUAGCAUGGAGAGGAUUUCUGAUAACUACGCGGCUAAGUUAUGCAAUAUAUUUAACACAGUUUCCGAUAUACUUUUAUAACGUUGGAAGAACACGAAGUGCUGAACAUUUUGAAUUUUUUAGCAUGCAAUUCAAUCUACAUGAAUUUUUAUUGAUUGUUAUAUCAUCAAUAAGUCUCACCUUACUUGUUGACACGCCGUUUCAAAAUAUCAAAAAUUAUUUAUUGAAAAAACCUUCAAUAUCCGAAACAUCAACCAAAUUGUUAAAACUGCAAUAA